UGUCCUGAUCCGUGAAUUUCGUUGUACCGGAUACUUGAUACCUGGAGAUAUUUCAACGGGAUUACAGAGUGGUUGAUAAUAAAGUUCAACUUGAGAUACUCGACUUGAUCAUUGCGAUGGGGUUUUCACGUACUCUUAACGAGAUUCCCUGCGCCUUGCUCGCAGCAGCGGUAUUCACGGGACUGAUCGCCUCGACGACGGCCACCUUUGGAAAUGAACACGUUCACAUAAAGAUCCAUCUGCCUGAGAUAGUGCAGGAUGUUCAUCACGAGAAGAAGAUAAUAAAGCACGUUGAGGACCAUGGCCACGGUCAUGGUCACGGUGGAGGAGGCGGAGGUUACGGAGGUCACGGAGGUCACGGAGGAGACAGCGGGAGCUUUGGAGGAGGUUUCGGAGGCGGAUUCGGAGGCGGCGGACACGGCGGUGGUGGCUUUGGUGGAUUCGGAGGUGGAGGUGGAGGCCAUGGCCAUGGCCAUGGCCACAGCCACGGCGGAGGCGGAGGACACGGAGGUGGCGACAGUUACAGCGUUAUAACAAGCUACAGCAGUGGUGGGGGAGGAGGUGGAGGACAUGGAGGCGGUGGAGGAUUCGGUGGUGAUUUCGGAGGCCAUGGAGGAGGAGAUUUCAGCAGCUAUGGCGGAGGCGGUGGUGACUUUGGAGGCCAUGGAGGCGGAGAUUCCGGCGGCUACAGCGGAGGCGGUGGUGACUUCGGAGGCCAUGGAGGAGGAGAUUUUGGCGGCCACAGCGGAGGCGGUGGUGACUUCGGAGGUUACGGUGGAGGCGGUGGCGGCGACUUCAGCGGGGGUCACGGUCACGGAAUCGAAAUCGGCUCAGGCCCCGGAUUCGACAUAAGCAGCAUCAGCAGCGGCGGUCACGGCGGUGGCGGAUUCGGAGGCGGCGGUCACAGCCACAGUCACAGCCAUGGCAGCGGCGGCGGUGGUGGUGACAGCUACAGCAGUGGCGGUAGCUUCGGCGGCGAUGAUCACGGCUCCAGUUUCAGCUCUGGCAGCUACUCAAGCUCGAUCUCGAGUGGAUUCGGCGGCGGUUCCUCCGGACACGACAGCUACAGCAGCGGUGGAGGCGGCGGAGGUGGUGGCUUCUCCGGAUACCACUACAGAAAGUAGAGAGGUUCAUAUCGCUCUGUCCUUCCAAGCUUCCGUCCGACAUCCGAACGGAGUAAGGAAGUUCUCCGGAACGCCGAGAAAGCGUUCGAAAACCCGUUGCCCGAUAUUUUCACCGUGAUAAAUUCAAAGCGAGUUCAGCCACUCGAACGGCAGAUAUAUUGAACGUUCUGCGUAUAAUUUAUGCGUAUGAGUUUACGUCGUAACUCGUAUUCGAAAAUUUUUAUGAUUGGACAAGGAGCGGUCCGCACGAUACCGAGUGCACCGCUUGGCCCGAUAAACAUAUUUUCGUAAUUUUUUCUACCAUAUGCUCGCAGAAUCUGAUUCUAAGCUUUAUCCACCUGUCGGCUUGACGAGGAAUUCAAACACGAUGUCUCGUGCAAUUCAUCACACUAUACAACAUUCUCAGUUAUCAUUGUAUUCAUCUUUUUAUCCAUAAGACAAACAUACUCGACUGUUGACCUCACUAAUUUGUUGCUACAUUUGUAUGAUAUGUUAUUGUAAAUAAUUCAUCCUGUUAGUAUAUUGUUUAUUUUUUAAUAAAAAACUGUUUUAAGUACAAAAAUAUA